AUGAAGCAUAUAACUGCCUUUUCAGGCUUGUGCACCCUCCUUUAUAUUUUCUCCUCCUCUUGGCUCUUCAACGGAGCAGCAGCUGGCAGCACAGAGCGAUUCCCCCAACCUGUAGACUUCUCAAAUCAAGGCGCGCUUGAAGUCAGGCCGCACAGCAACCAGUUAACGCAAUAUGAACCUAGAAAUGCAGAUGGAGGUCAUAUAAAAAAAUGGAUAGGAGAAUUAAACGAAGAAUUUAACCAAUUUAAAGAUAUAAAAUUUAAAGAAAUUGAAAAAACAGAAAAACAAAAAGAAGAAGCAUGGGAUCAUUGGCUAUCAUCCCUGGAAUCAGAAUGGGUUACUUUUAGCAACUUUAUUGAUGAAAAAAAAAAAAGAUGGAUUCAAAAAAAGCAAGAUGAUUGGACCACAUGGAUAAAGGAUAUGGAACACAAAUGGAUUAAUUAUAAAAAAAAAAAAGACAAAAGAUAUAUGACCAAAUAUAGAGAGGGUACAUUAGAUUGCACUGAACGAGAAUGGAAUAUAAUGAUGAAAAGAGAAGUUGAAGAACUUAUGAUCUCUGAUUAUAAAAAAUGGAUGAAAGAUGCUGAUGACAAUUUACAAAAAUGGAUGUCCAAGGACAUAGAUAUAUGGAAAAAAAAAAAAUUCAAAGAAUGGUUACAGGUAGAAUGGAAAAAAGAAGAAGAUGCGUACUGGACAAACGAUGCAAAUACUCCUUAUGGAAACACCUCGAAUCCAUUAUUCCAAGUCAUUAAAAAAUCCUUCGAUAUGUACAAUGCUAGGAAAAAAAGAGAACAGGAACACUGGAACAAAUUAAUUGAAAAUAUUGGAAAAACUAUUACCAACAAAAAAUACAUCGAUUGGGAAAACAUGAAAAAGAGCAAAAGCAGUUGGUAUAACCGGUGGAUGGACUUCUUUCUACAAGAAUGCUUAAAUUCCAAAGUUAGAAUGCAGAGAUUGGAGUACUACUAA